AUGGCGGAUCCAUUGUCAACUGCUGGAACCGCAGUUGGAAUCGUCUCUCUUGGAAUCCAGGUCACCCAGGCGCUGUUCAAGUACUACAACGAUGUGAAAGACCAGCCGUCCGACACAAGCCGCACGUUGAAGAAGCUCGAGAGGCUGCUCCACUUCCUCGGUCGCCUAGAAUCGCAUUUGGGAUCCAAGGACAGGAACGAGGAACUGACCGACGGGGUUCGAGACGCGGUCCGUAACUGCGGCGAAUGCGUCGAGGAACUGCAAACCACCGUCGAAAAGUUUGAACAAGCCCCGGACGGCCGCUUCCGGACGGCCGUUCGUGCGACAGGUCGCCGAUUGGCGUACCCCUUCCGGCUCAGCACGUUGCAGAAGCUCGACGAGGACAUUGACGACGCCAUCAGCCAAUUGUCCCUCGCCCUUGCGUUGCUCCAGCAAGACACCGUCGAUCACAUCGAGAACGACGUCGAAGACAUCAAGGCGGUCCUAGCCGCGGUCAGCGCUCUGAUCGUCUCCGCCGAGAUCAGAGACUGGCUCAAAGCUCCAGACGCAACAGUCAACUUCAACGACGCUUGCACCAAGAAGCACCCGGGCACAGGCUUGUGGUUUGUGAAGGGCGAUGUCUUCAACACUUGGAUCAAAGAACGACAGUCCUUCUUAUGGUUAAGGGGCUUCGCCGGGUGCGGCAAAACGGUCCUUUCGUCGACGGCGAUACAGUAUGCUCGACGGCAUCAAAGGUCGGACCCUCACAUCGGGCUGUGUUUCUUUUACUUCACCUUUAACGACGAGGUGAAACAAGACGAAUCCGCCAUGCUCCGCGCGCUUAUUCUUCAGCUUUCAAAUCAGUUGAAACACACGCCUCGAUGUCUGGAGGACCUGCAUGGAAACCACAGAAAUAGUACUCCGCCGGCAACAGGUCUUCUUGAGUGUCUUCGUCAGAUCGUGGGAAUGUUCGGCGAUGUCUACAUCAUCCUGGAUGCACUAGAUGAGAGCCCUGACCCUAAGUUCCGACGAUCAAUGCUUGGUACUCUCAGGAGAAUGAGAGCAUGGCCAGGAUUGCAUCUUCUGGUGACCAGUCGGGACUUGCCCGACAUCAGCGAGAGUCUUAAGGCAACACAAGAACAGACUAUCGCCAUGACAAAGGAGAACGUCGAUGGAUACAUUGCCGCGUUUGUCACCGAACGGCUACGGGAUGACGAAGAGCUGCAAAAGUUGAAGAAAUAUCAUGCGAGAAUCGAGCAGGUGCUGACUGGAAAGGCGCAAGGAGUAUGGGUCGAAUGCCAGUUCCUCGAACUCAGACAAUGUCCCAAAAGCCCUCGUUUCAUUGAACAACGACUCAACUCGCUCCCCCGCACACUAGACGAGACCUACGAGAGAAUGCUCCAGAACAUCCCUCCGGAAUCCCAGGAGCCUGCGCAACAAUUGCUGUCUAUCUUGUGUUGCGCGACGAGACCUUUGACAGUGCCAGAACUCAUUGAUGUUCUAGCCGUCGAUGCCAUCGUGCCGCUGAAAACGGGUGGUACGCCCACAUUCGACAUCGAGAGGCGUGUUGAAGAUAUAGACGACCUUCAGCAGAUCUGUCCGGGUUUCACAGAAGUUGUCAUCGACCAUUCGACGAAGGCUGCCACAAUACGCAUUGCGCAUUUCUCGGUCCAGGAGUAUCUCGAGUCCGAACGAAUUGCACACCACAAAAGUGCGGCUCCAUACCAGGUGCAAAUAGAAAACGCCCACGCUUUGAUGGCCUCUAUUAGUCUGACAUUCCUACUCGAGGAAGACCUGGAAGAUCUGGAAGUCGAUGAAAUCAGAAAGGAAUAUCCGUUGAUAGGUUACGCAGCACAGCACUGGCCACAUCAUUUUCACAAAAGCACCCAGCAGCAGGUAAAGCUCGACCGUCUGGCAAUCGAACUCUUCACGAAUGGGAGGGGAUCACUGACGAAAUCUAUCAAAAUCUGGAAUCUGGACCGUAACAGCGGUACUACUCCAGGCGGACAAUUUCCCACAGAGUUGUACUAUGCUUCUUUUCUCGGACUUUCAUCAGUCAUCGACGCUCUUUUCUCGGAAAGUCGUGAUCCUCUUCGUCUUCAAAAUUCUACUGCCUUGGACAUGCUCCAUACGCCAUGCGGGUAUCAUGGAACACCGUUGCAAGCAGCAGCUACCAGUGGGCAUCAAGACGUUGUAAAAGCCCUUCUUGAAAAAGGUGCAAGACCAAACAAGAAGUUGUCCUUGGGGUAUUCAUCUUGUUCGUCCUACGGUAGCCCACUUAUGGCUGCUGCAGGAGAAGGGCAUGAAAAGAUCGUGGAGCUUCUGCUUGAUCACGGUGCCAACAUCAACACCAAGGUAGGCCCCAGGACGGCUAUCUCGGAAGCAGCGCGUAAAGGACAUUGUAGAAUUGUCCAACUUCUUCUUCACAGAGGCUCUCAUCUAGACGAGAAUGUUUUUUUUGAAGCGUCUGGGAGCGGCAGCAAGGAGACCGUGAGUGUCCUUCUUGACGCAGGGGCUUCUAUCAACGCACAGGACGACGACAAAUACACGGGCCCUAGGACAGCGUUGACAGUAGCCAUAGAAAAUGGACAUGAAGAAGUCGCUGAGCUACUCCUUCGCAAUGGCGCUCAACUGACAAUCUCAAUGCCUGGAGGCAGGGCCAUAGAAGCAUUGGAAAUGAUAUGGGAUGGAAACCAGUUUAGACCUAAAACACCUGCAGGCGGUUUGGUGCGGUCAUUGGUCCAGUGUUUCAUUGCCACAAGCACCAGCGAAUCGAGCCUUUUAGAACAUCGCUUUCCAACCUAUUUGAGAGCAGCAUCCGGGAUAGGGGACGAACAACUAGUGCGUUUACUUCUGGACAUGGAGAAUAACUUCAGUAAAUUCAACAGCUGGAAAACUGCGCUCCUGGAGGCAUCUGCGCGGGGGCAUCAGACGAUUGUAGAGAUGCUCUUGGACAGAGGUGUCGACGUCAAUGUUCGAAACGAAAGAGAAUCUCACAACCUGAGAUAUGGAAGUCUUAACCAUGGACACCUAGGAACGCCACUGCAGCUAGCCUCUAGAGCUGGACUUGAAGAGAUGGUUGAUUUGAUCCUCCAAAGAGGAGGAGACCCAAAUGCACCAGGUGUAUUGGGGGAAAUUGGCACAGCACUUCGAGAAGCAUCGUCAGGAGGCCAUGUUGCGGCUGUGAAGUUGUUACUUGCAAAUGGCGCUACUCCUGAUGAUGUCGAGGCGGCAAUAGCACUCGGCCAAGCCUCUAGGAAAGGACAUGCACAAAUUGUCAAGCUGCUGAUCGAAAAUGGGGCACCAGUCAACGGGUGCAACCCGGAAGAUCCAUGGAAUAUACCUGCAAUUCACGAGGCAGUAGCUGGUGGACACAUCGACAUUAUCAAGAUACUCCUCGACAAAGAGGCUGACCUGCAUCUUCAAAGCUCGUUCUAUGGCUCGGCUCUACAUGCGGCGGCGGGACACAGGCAUGAGAAUGCUGUUCGGGUACUUUUGGAAAACGGUGCAAAUAUCCACUGCACUUAUGGUGAAGAUGAAAGAACGGCACUAACGGUGGCCUCAACAUGUGGUCAUGCUGGCGUUGUCCAAACACUUCUUGAGCAUGGUGCUGGCAAGGACGAUCAAAACUCAGGUGCAAGGCUUUUGGCCGCGCUUUCUGCUGCGCUUUCGUCGAAGACAUUCAACGGGGAAGUCGCACAAUUGCUUCUCAACGAAAUCAUCCGUUCUACCAUCACACUCAAGGUAUGUUUCGAGGACCACCAUGGAAUGUUGGAGAAUACAGCUCGAAACGGUCACAUAAGCGCAGUGGCAUGGCUUUUGGAAAUCAGCGGGUCCACCAGCGCAGAGGAAUUAUCUGAAGCCCUAGGGGAGGCGUCAAACUUCGGCCAUACCGAGAUCGUCCAAUUGCUUCUGGACAACGGCGCAGAUGUCAACAGUCACAGCAGAGAUGGUGAACUGCCACUCUACCGUGCAACACGGCGUGGUUUCAAGCAGACCGCACAACUACUGAUUCGAGCUGGUGCUCAAGUCAACGCUCUAAAUCGUUAUGCUCGUUAUUGUGACUAUCGUUCCGGAGACAGGGCAACAUUUGCAGCUGCAGCAAACGGUCACACCGAAAUCCUACGGAUUUUGCUGAGUAAUGGUGGUGAUCCGAACCUAGAAAGUGAUUCUCUGUUUGACAACCUCGCUCUUCAUGCGGCAACGAGAAGAGGCCACAAGGAAGCCGUCCUCUUACUACUCGAAUACGGAGCGAACAUCAACGCCACCUCAAGGAUAAAUGAAACAGCACUUCUGAUCGCCUCAGGAAUGUGUCAGAGAGAUAUCAUAAAAUUGCUACUUCAGCGUGGAGCUGACGUGAACAUAGCCUGCGGGAAGCACGAAACAGCACUACAAGCUGCAUCUGCGCAAGGGGGUUACGGUGAUUUGGUGGAGUUGCUCGUUAGAAACGGCGCCGAUAUCAAUGCGCGAGCCGGGCGGUACGGGACAGCAGUCAUUGCAGCCUCGGCCAACGGCAACUCGGAAGUAGUCGAAUUUUUGAUAAGAGAGGGCGCUGAUUUGAGUAUUGAGGGGAGUGUAGAGUUUAGGACAGCCUUUGGGGCGGCGCUUUCUGAGGGCCACAUGGACACUGCAGAGUUGCUCAUCAAAAAUGGAUGCAACAUCCGGUUUGCACUCCAAAGCGCUUUAGAGUGGGGAUGCAAGAGCAUGGCGGAAAGAUUGCUGCCAUUCGUCGUCGACGAAAUGAAACCUCAGGCGCCUGAGAAUUCAUCAGCCCUUGACUCGCCGGCAGUGGACGGUUUCUUGGAGAUCAGCAGACGACUGCUGGGGAAUCGCGAGGACUCUCACGAAGAGCAAGCAAGCCAUGAGACGCCACUUGUACUAGCGAUUUCGGAAGGUCGCAGAGAUGUGGCUGAAUUGAUAAUCAAGUAUGGCGCUGACAUCAACAACGGAACAAUAACACCGCUGCAACUAGCAGCGUCAUUGGGAGAUGGGCAAAUUGUUUUGGCUUUACUUCGACAUGGCGCCGACUCUGAAGUUUUGAAAGAUGAUGAAGAGUGGCCAGCACUACUCUGUGCGCUCUUUCAAGGGCACACCGAGGUCGCCACUUUGCUUCUCAACCAAGGACUCGACAUUUCAAGUAACUACGGCGGAGAGGGAACGGCUCUCCAAAUGGCAGCCUACGUGGGCAACAUACCUGCAGCGGAAUAUCUUAUUCAGCAUGGUUCAGAUGUCAAUGCUCCACAGGGCUGGCGGAGGUGGAAGUUUGGUCCCGCGUUGUAUGAAGCGGUCUUGGAAGGCUACGCAGACAUGACUGAACUACUACUCGAUCACGGUGCCGACGCAAAUACUCACUACGAAGAGUAUGAAGGGGUCUUCGCUGCAGCGUUGGAAGCUGGUCAUGAAGAUGUCAUCAGGUUGCUGACGGAUAGAGGCUUGGCACAUGAAUAG